ACAAAGUCAGUGUUACCACAGUGGGAGACACGGCCAAGCCUGGUGAGGAUUUUAUUGCAGUUAACAGAACCGCAAUACCUUUUCCUAUUGGUAGGCAACAUGCACAGAUCAUUAUCCCUCUAAUAGAUGACCUCGUUUCCAAAUCCAACAAGACAUUCAAAAUCAUGACCUCACGGCAAGGCACUGGUAUCUCUCACUUUACCUGUCCAAGUAUCAUUACAGUUGACAUAGUUGACAACGACGCAAACAUCUUCUUCUGUAAACCGCUCCAAACGUCUGUGAAAGAAAAUGCUGGACAGUAUGUGAUCAAAGUGUGUCGUUAUCCAAAAUCUCAAAACUUCGAGAAUGAGAUUCGAUUAUGCUGGACUUCCGAUGGAAAUGGACAAGCUCGUGAUUAUCCAUCAAUUAUAAGUGGCUGUGCCACGAAAACCUUUGGGAAAGGAAUAGACAUGAUAGAACAUACGAUAAAUAUUACGAAUGACAACUGGGGAGAGCAAGAGUUCAAGAGGUUCAAUAUCGAAAUGACAAGUGUCGGGUCGAAUAAAGCAAUCUUCAACGAUACAACCAAGUAUAAUGUAACCUUGGAAGAUGAUGACAAUUCGUAUUGCUUGAAAGGCAGUUUCCUAACAGUAUUUGAAGAGACUGACAAGUAUAUUAAUUUGACCAUCGUAAGAACAGGCGCAAUCUCAACCCAAAGUUCGAAGAUUCUUAUCAACACAAAUGAUCAAACUGCAACGAAAGGACAAGAUUUUGAAGGCAUAAAAACCAACCAAAUCACAUUUAACAACGGCGAUACUGAGAAAAUUGUUUCGAUCAAAUUAGAAGACGACAAAAUUGUUGAAGAUCGUGAAUCUUUCCAGGUGACUUUAUCUGGCUCAAACGGAAGUACAGUCUUCCCAUCAUGCAACAGUACCAUUGUGACCAUUGUCAGUAAUGAUGUGAACAUCUCAUGUAAUUUGAGUGGAUAUUUGGCUGUCUUUGAAAACAAAAGACAAGUGGUCUUUAGCUUAACAAGAGCAGGAUCUAAUGAGUAUCCCCAUUCAAUAAGGGUAAAGACACAAGACGUUAGUGCAUCAUCACUAAGUGAUUACGCCUCACUGGACAGGACGGUCAGGUUCAGCCCAGAUUCAUAUCAAACAAAAGAACAAAUAACAUUGCAUUUGAACAUCACGAACGACAAGAUUUUGGAAAACAACGAGACGUUAAGUUUGACUUUUACCACAAUUGACAACCGUGUGAAUAUCCUUUGUCCUAAUACUACAGUAUGGAUUCUGAAUGACGAAACCUACAUUUUCUUCUGCAAACCGCUUCAGACGUCUGUGAGAGAAAAUGCUGGAAAGUACAAAGUUAAUCUGUGCAGAGCUGGUCGUACCAGUGUUCCCCAUUUAAUUAAAUUAUGUUGGACAUCCGAUGGUAAUGGUCGUCUUCACGACUACCCAUCAAUCAAAGCUGGCUGCGACGAGAUAACCUUUCCAGCUGGAAAAAACAAGAUACAACACUCGAUCAAAAUUACAAACGACAGUUGGGGAGAACAAGAACACAAAACGUUCCAGCUGAGGAUCCUAACCAAUGAAUCAACUGUGUUUUUCAACGACACCUCCAGCUAUAACGUCACACUGAUUGAUGAUGACAAUUCAUUUUGUUUGAAGAAAAUGGCUUUUAAUGUGACAGAAGAAAAUCAUCGAUUUCUUAACAUACUUGUAGAAAGGUUUGGUGCUAUCUCAACUACAAAUGCAUCUGUGAGACCAAUCGCUGUACCAGAUCAAGUAAAAAAAGCUCUUAGUCCGGAUGACUACGAAUUUCCAAAUAACAAUCAAUCUUUGAUGUUUUCUCUAAACGAAGUUGAAAAAAACAUUACGAUCACUAUUAAAGAUGACAAGCUGGCUGAAGAUCAUCAAAUUUUCAUAUUAUCUUUGUAUGGCGUGGGUCUGAGUACUGUGUUUCCAUCCUGUAAUACUUCAAGAACCACAAUCGUCAGUAAUGAUGUUGAUAUCCGUUGCAAUGGUUUGAACUCGGCAAUGCAACAAGGUUUUGAAAAUGAAAGUUCUUUGGUUGUAAACAUCACACGAGAGGGAUCAAUCGAGUACAAUCAUACCAUACGUAUUCGUACAGUGGCAGAUUCAGCAAAACCCCAAAGUGAUUUCAUUCCAGUUGAUAAAGUUAUAACAUUCAUCGCUGGACAAAAGAAUAUCCAACAGAACGUCAUAAUUGUAAAUGAUCUCGAGGUAGAAAAGGCCGAGAGAUUUCAUCUUGAAUUGACUUCAAAUGACUCACGUGUUAACAUCAUCUGUAAACGAAUAACCUAUGUCAUCAAAGACGAAGAUACUAUGGUAACAUGCCCAAAAAGUUUAACCGUAUCUGAGAACACAAAGAUGGUAACAUUGCAGUUGGAAAGAGAGGGAUAUUUGAAUAGGACUUCUAACAUGUGGAUUAGCACUCUUGAUGGCACUGCAUAUGACAAAGCGGAUUUUGCACCAGCAAACAGGAGGAAUGUCACUUUCUAUCGUGGAGAGAACAUUUCAUCAGUCAGUAUUGAAAUCGUUGAUGACGAUGUACCAGAGAAAUUGGAAUCGUUCUCUAUCUUACUGGGUUCGGAAGAUAACACCACCACGCCGAUCACAUCUUCGAUUUGUAUGAACAUAACAAUAAACGAUGACGAUAAAGAUGAAGAUAAAGACCGCAUCACUGCUAAACAAGCACAAGAAAUCUUGGAUAGCAGGAAAAGGAUUUCAAACCUUCUUAUCGCUGGGCUAGGCGCUGCUAGUGUUAUAGUGUUGAUUUUGAUUAUACUCCUCAUUGCGGUUUGCGUGUGCUUUUAAGGAAUAAUCCGCCGAGUACGUAAAUGCUGCAAUUAAAAUUAAUAUCGUCAGAACCCCGAAGUAUGCUUUUUGGAACCACGUAUGAAUCAACGCUUGAGUAGAGGCAAUUUUGUAUAACUGUGAAAAGAUACGGAUCACGGCCAAGUCACGGAACCUCGCCAGGUAUCAAUAAAAUAAGCGACUCAAGAACACAUCUCUGAUGGGUCACUGUUCGGGGUGGCGAUAGCACGACAUAUUAUCUGGUCAUAAGAAGUCCACAUAAGCAAACCCAAGCACACAAGACGCUGUUUUAUAUCUCACAACAAAAUCCGAUAAUCAAAUUGCAAAUUGGCAUUUUCAGAAACAGUUCUCCGGUUUCGAGAUCUUAUUUGUGCAGCCUUUACCUCGAAAGCAUGUAAUAUCACUGGAAAAAAUCGCG